AUGGCUAAACCAACAGUUAAGAAACAAGGAUCAAGUAUUGGAUCUACUAUCAAUGAAUUAAAAUCAACCAUAGACACAACAGUUUCUGAUUAUUUCAAAUCAUUAACUCCAAGAUUGAAAUUGAUUGAUUUCUUUUUAACAUUUUUGGUUUGUUUAGGAGUUUUACAAUUUAUUUAUGUUAUAUUAAUUGGUAAUUUCCCAUUCAAUGCUUUCUUGGGUGGAUUUAUUAGUUGUGUUGGUCAAUUUGUUUUAUUGGUUAGUUUAAGAUUACAAACUAAUGAAAGUAAUACUAAAUUAUUCAAUGGUAUUAGUCCCGAAAGAUCAUUUGGAGAUUUUAUAUUUGCAAGUUUGAUUUUACAUUUUAUAGUUAUUCAUUUCAUAAAUUGA